AAAAAGAAAAAUAAAGUGAUUUAGUAUUGGAUUCUGUCUAUUGAAGUAGAUUAAAUUAAGUAAUUACAAAUUUAAAAAUAACAUUUACAAAUCACUCAAAUUUUGUAAAGUAUCGAGUUUGCCUAACACUUACACUACUCGUUUUCCUUUGCCAUUAUAAAUUAUUUAGUACUACAGUGUUCCAAUUCAAUACAACAGAUUUUAUUUUAUUUUUUCCUUUUCUAUUCAAUUUCUUCUUCUAAUUUCCUUUAUGAAUUAGUUAAAUAUUCUUCCCAUAAUCUUAAUAUUUGUAUUGCUAGUCAAAAAUCCAGAUAACCAUUUCCUACACGCAUUUGAUUUGAAUUUGACAAAUCCAAAUCUUUUACGGUCUUCCAACGGGACCCAUCGAUGUCAUCAUAUCCAAAGAUCACGAUCUCUUCAAACUCAGACCAGCCAAUCAGAACCGUCCAUACCAACACUCUAUUCGCCCGAACAAUCCUCACUCGCCUCCGCCACCACGCUCGCCACGCGCUCUCCAACCGUCGUCUCUGGACCGAGUUCGUCGACCGGACUGCCUUCUCCAGACCGGCAACCUUCUCCGACGCCGCCUCGCGAGUACGGAAAAACAUAACUUACUUUCGGGUCAAUUACGUAACCCUAAUCGCAGCUGUACUCGCCUACUUCCUCAUCUCCCACCCCUUUUCACUCCUCGCCCUUAUCUUCCUCAUCGGAGCAUGGCUCUUCCUCUACGUUCUCCGGCCGUCGGAUCAACCCCUGGAGAUCUACGGUAGAACUUACUCCGACGCCCAAACCCUAACCGGUCUGGUUUUGACCACGCUGGUGGCGAUCUUGAUCACGAGCGUGGUGUCGCUACUCGUAUCGGCGGUGAUCGUUGGGGUGACGAUCGUGUGCGCUCACGGUGCAUUUCGGGAUCCCGAGGACCUCUUCGUGGAUGAUCAGGAACUGGUGGGCUUCUUCUCCGUCAUCAAUGGCGGAGCCACCUCUUGUGGAUCUGCGGCGGCUGUGGGUCCCAUGUCUGUGGUUUGAGAUUUUUUUAAAUUUUAUUUUGUAAGAAUAUUUUUCUGACGAAUGAAUGGAAUAAAAUAUAAUAAUGGAGAUUUUGUUACCAAAUGGAAUGAAGUAUUUGUUUUUAGCAUGUA